AUGGGACAAAUUUCUCUUGUUUUUGCCUCCAUAGGCCUGGUUUUGUUUUCUGGAGCUUCCGCAAAUCCUCUAGACAAAAGAGCUGCUGUCGAUGAUUGUCUCUCUCGUCUCAAAGUCCCAGUAUUCACACCAGGAUCCGGAGACUAUACACAAGCUUUGAAACCUUUCAAUCUUCGUGUGACAUUUAAGCCAGCUGCCUAUGCUGUCCCUACCACGGUGCAACAUGUACAAGAUGCCGUCUCUUGCGGCGCUCAAAAUAAUGUUGUAGUCACCGCCAAAUCGGGUGGACACAGCUAUGGCUCACAUGGUCUCGGGGGGGAGGAUGGUCACUUGAUUGUUGAUAUGAAAAACUUCAACACUGUGACUGUUGACCAAGGGUCUUCGACUGCUGUCAUUGGCACUGGUGGUAGACUUGGUAAUGUUGCCACGGCUCUGUACAACCAAGGAAAACAAGCUAUCAGCCAUGGCACAUGUCCUGGUGUUGGUGUCGGUGGCCUCACUCUUCAUGGAGGUUACGGUCUCAUCUCACGCUCCAAGGGCCUGACCCUGGACAAUAUCGUCGAGGCAACCGUCGUGCUUGCGAAUAGCACUGUUGUUACUGCAUCCACGACUCAGAACCCUGACUUGUUCUGGGCUCUUCGAGGCGCAGGUGCCGCAUUCGGCAUUGUCACAAAUUUCAAGUUCAAGACCUUCACAGCUCCAGAGAACAACAUUGUUUUCAACUACCAAGUAUCCCCAGGAAAUGCCGCUCAAUUAGCUCAGAUCAUCAAUGCCAUGCAGAACUUCACUCGUUUCGAGCAGCCACCAGAGCUAAACAUGCGUCUUUUCUUAUCCGGUUUCACCACCUUCUCUGGCGUCUACUACGGCUCUCGUGCUAACUUCGACGCCAUCAUGAACCCUUUGAAGCAGAAAAUGGGUAUUGGAAACGCGUUUGGAUCCGUAUCCACAAACAGUUGGCUCAACACGUUGACCUCGUUUUCAAAUGGGCCACUCCAACAGGCCGCCGUGUAUGACACACAUGAGACUUUCUUCUCUAAAUCCCUCAUGCCCGAGUACCUUCCCCCGGCUGCAGUCGACGCCCUCAGCAGAUACUGGGAACAGAAUGCUCGCAGCAACUCUCGUUCAUGGUACUUGCUCUUCGACUCGCAUGCUGGUGCUAAGUCUGCCAUUUCCAGCGUGUCCGCCGACUCCACCUCCUACGCUCACCGUAACGCUACUUUCAAGAUGCAGUUCUACGACCGCGUCAAUAGUGGAAACUAUGAUCCAUCUUGGUUCCCCUUCCUGAACAAUUGGAUCAAGGCAAUCAAAGAUGCUAGCCCUGGUAUCAACUACGGCAUGUACAUCAACUAUGCUGAUACGAGCUUGACGAAGGAUGAGGCUCACAAGAGCUACUGGUUGGGCAACUAUGACAAGCUCGUGCAAGUGAAGGCUGCUUAUGAUCCUAAGAAGGUCUUCGUGGGCCCGCAGCUUGUUGGCUCUUAG